AUGAACGCACCAGUAUUUCUGGCUUCCUUGUUAUUUGUGGCACAUCAAACUCUUUCUGGUGCUGAUGUCCGUCUACCCCAAACAGUUUCCCCUCGCCAUUAUGACGUUCGCCUUUUUCCCAUAUUGGACAAAGGCAAUUUCUCCAUUUUAGGGCAAGUUUCCAUUGACUUGGAAUGCAGCGAGGACACCAACCGUAUCGAGUUACACAGUGCAGACAUUGUCGUCGAUCCACAAUCAGUUCAGGUAAUUGAGCGAUGCAAAACCGACAAGCUUCUCGAAGUCGAAGGGAUUGAAUACGACACUAAAUUGGAAUUCCUUAUCGUCCAUCUGAAUCCCAAAGUCAAGUUAACUGCAGGGUCCAAUUACACGCUCUCUAUGAGUUUCGUCGGGAAUCUAACGGACCAAAUGAGGGGAUUUUAUCGUUCGGUUUACACUGAAGAUGGUACAGAAAGAUACAUGGCCUCGUCGCAAAUGCAGCCGACGGAUGCCCGCCGAGCAUUCCCGUGCUUCGAUGAGCCGAAUUUGAAGGCUACUUUCACCGUCACUUUGGGCCGCCAUGGAGACAUGAUUUCUCUUUCCAAUAUGCCGUUGAUCGACACGACUCCAAUGAUCGGCAUGGAGAAUUUCUUCUGGGAUCAUUUUCAACCGUCCGUGCCAAUGUCGACGUACCUUUUGGCGUUCGCUGUGGCCAACUACGCUCAAGUUCCAUCGGUGAAAACGAAAGGCAAAUGGAAUUUUAAUAUUUAUUCCCGUCCAUCGGCCUAUAAUCAGACUCGAUACGCCAGUGAUAUAGGCCCAAGAAUUCUGUCGUUCUUUGAAGAUUAUUUCAAUAUUUCAUUCCCACUACCCAAACAAGACAUGAUCGCCGUUCCAGAAUUUGCAUUGGGUGCCAUGGAGAACUGGGGGCUGAUCACUUACAGAGAAAAGUAUUUGUUGUACGACGAAACAGUUUCCUCGUUUGAUCACAAAGAAUUAGUGAUUAAGGUAAUCGCUCACGAGCUAUCCCAUCAGUGGUUCGGCAAUCUCGUCACUAUGCAAUGGUGGACUGAUUUGUGGUUGAACGAAGGAUUCGCAUCGUAUGCAGAACAUAUUGGAGCCGACCACGUUGAACCGGGCUUCAAGUUUCUUGAGCAGAUAGUAACGUUCGCAUUGCAUCAAGCCAUGAAUCUCGACGCACUAGAAUCCAGCCAUCCCGUAAGUGUAGUGGUACACCACCCGUCCGAAAUCGCAGAGAUAUUCGACGUUAUCUCGUACCAGAAAGGAGCGGCGAUUAUACGCAUGCUGGCCAGCUUCAUUGGUGAAGACAAUUUUAAAAAGGCGCUCUUCAAUUUUUUGGAUAAACGUCAAUACGGCAAUGCGGUGCAGGACGAUUUGUGGAACGCGUUCGACAACCAAGCCAAAGUCGAUCAUAUCAUACUGCCCGCCAAUGUCAAAACGAUUAUGGACACUUGGACUCUCAAGAUGGGUUUUCCCGUCGUUACAAUUCGGCGCGAUUAUCAAAGUCUGAACGUUUCAAUUAGCCAGGAACGAUUCUUGCUCCACAAGUCUGAAAAAGCCACCGAUGAUCCGACCGUCUACCUUUGGUGGGUUCCCCUGACCUAUACGACUGACUACAAGACAAUUGGAUCCACCUGGUUGGCAGACAGCCAGCCCUCAAAAAAUCUCACGCUAGAAUCUGAAAUCGGAAUGAAUGACUGGAUCAUCUUUAACGUCGACGAAACUGGCUACUAUCGGGUCAAUUACGACGCGCACAAUUGGAAGUUGAUUGGCCAACAACUGAUGACGAACGAUGACGAAUCACUCGGCCAUUUCAGUUAUUAAUCGAGCUCAAAUUAUGGACGAUUCGCUUAAUUUGGCCAGAGUUGGAUUGGUCGAUUAUGAAACUGCUUUCAAUUUAACUGAAUACCUGAAAUUCGAAGGCGAGGUCCUGCCAUGGGAAUCCACAUUUGCAGCCCUAACGUACAUUGACUCGAUGAUGUGGCAGAAACCUGGUUACGACCUUCUUAAAAAACACUUCCGUAAUAUUUUGUCGCCGAUUUUCUCCUCGUUGGGAUUCCGCCAAAAUACCGAGGAUUCUCCCUUGACAAGCAAACUGCGUCUUCUCAUUUCAAAAUGGGCCUGUUAUUAUGGCAACGAAGAAUGUAUUCGACAAGCCAUUGAAUUGUAUCGCCAAUGGAUGGCCGAUCCUGAAAAUCCCACGAUUGUCCCGAUUGACGUGAAAUCGGUCGUUGUCUCCACGGCUAUCCGCGAAGGUGGUGAAAGAGAAUGGAAAUUCGCGUUCGAUCGCAAUUAAUAGUCCUAUUUCGCUCAAUACAAAAUGGCUAACAAUUCCAUUUAUAGUGCUGACGAGAUUGCCAAAUCACUGAUGGAAUCACCAAUAGACUACUUUUUGUGAUCAUCCAUGUGGGGAAAAUAACUGUUAUUUCGUUGUUAGAACAAAACAUUUUAUCCAUGCAAAUUAAACGGAAAAUGCUGAACAACUGAUUUUCCCAGGUUAUUUAUAUGUUAUUCGAAUCAAUCAAAGCGAAGGUUGGCAAGAGAGGAUUAUUAAAUAGCCUUAAGGGAAUUUUGUUUUUAUGUUAAAUUCAAUUUCAUCUCAAAUAAAA